AUGCCCUCCACCAAGAACUCCAAUGGCACCGGCGGCCAGGUCAGCCAUCGCCUGCGCAACUUCUUCCGCAUGAACACGGGUGGUAGUACUGGCAGUGGUUCUAGCGAUAAAGAAAAAGAGAAGACCUCGGCUGCCACCACCCCCGAUGCCGCCUCUGGCUCAAAGUCCCGCCAUACCAAGUUCUUUAGUAAUACAGUCGGUCGCCUGCGCGCACACACCGUCGCCAGCGAGGGCAAUCAGCUCGACGAGGCUAUGAGCCCUACGGCCCAUGCGAACCCAUAUUUUGCUCAUCAGGGCCAGCCUGGCCUGCGUCACCACAAUGCCGACUCUGUUCCCCCGAGCCCUCCCGAUACCCCUACUCUCAAGGUAGAGGGUCCCGAUGGUACCAAUGUCGACCAAGCAACCAGCGAAACAAAAGAAGAGCUUGCCCGAAGACUCAGGAGAGUUGCUAGUGCUCCCAAUGCCCAAGGUCUCUUCUCAAAGGGCGCCCCUAACGGCGAACGUCCUGCGACUGCCGAGCUGGGCAAGGAUCCUCUCCUGGCCAACGCUAGCUCGGGCUCCCUCGGCCUCAUGGAGACAACAAAGGCACAGGAAGCUGAGGCCAAGGCCAAGGCUGCUGAGGAAGACGUCCUUGCUGCUCUCCCUGCCCCUAACACGGCCAUGGCUUUCCGCAGGACGUACAGCUCCAAUUCUAUCAAGGUUCGAAAUGUGGAAGUCAGCCCGUCAAGCUUCGACAAGAUCAAGCUUAUUGGAAAGGGAGACGUUGGAAAGGUGUAUCUCGUGAGAGAGAAGAAGAGUAGUAGGCUCUACGCUAUGAAGAUACUAAGCAAGAAGGAGAUGAUCAAGCGCAACAAGAUCAAGCGAGCCCUUGCCGAGCAGGAGAUUCUGGCAACAAGUAACCAUCCGUUCAUUGUCACAUUAUACCACUCGUUCCAGUCGGAAGAUUACCUCUACCUCUGCAUGGAAUACUGCAGUGGUGGCGAGUUCUUCCGCGCCCUCCAAACACGCCCAGGAAAAUGCAUUCCCGAAGAAGACGCUCGCUUCUAUGCCGCAGAAGUGACAGCAGCUUUGGAGUAUCUGCAUCUCAUGGGAUUCAUUUACCGUGACUUGAAGCCAGAGAAUAUCCUGCUUCACCAAUCGGGUCAUAUUAUGCUCUCGGACUUUGACUUGUCCAAGCAGUCAGACCCUGGUGGCAAGCCGACCAUGAUUGUCGGUAAGAAUGGUGCUCGAACGGACGCUUUGCCAACCAUCGAUACGCGAUCAUGUAUUGCCAACUUCCGAACCAACUCGUUUGUUGGUACCGAAGAGUAUAUCGCACCCGAGGUGAUCAAGGGAAGCGGACACACAAGUGCCGUUGAUUGGUGGACACUGGGUAUUCUCAUAUAUGAGAUGCUCUACGGAACUACGCCGUUCAAGGGAAAGAACCGCAAUGCCACCUUUGCCAACAUUUUGAGAGAGGACAUCCCCUUCCCAGACCACACGGGCUCGGCCCAGGUCUCCAACCUUUGCAAGUCACUAAUACGCAAGCUACUUAUCAAAGACGAGAACCGACGACUGGGAGCCCGAGCUGGUGCUUCGGAUAUCAAGGCGCAUCCAUUCUUCCGGACGACGCAGUGGGCGCUGAUCCGCCAUAUGAAGCCACCCAUCGUUCCCCACGCUGGCCGAGGAAUCGAUACAGUCAACUUCCGUAACGUGAAGGAGAGCGAGAGUGUCGACCUAUCUGGAUCCAGGGCGAUGAAGGGCGUGCCAUUGGAUAGCGGACUGGCGACACCUGGCGGUGAUAUUGCCGACCCCUUCCUUGAGUUCAACAGCGUCACCCUGCACCACGAUGGUGACGACGACCAUCGGUAGAUGGGCCAACGAACAGUCAACAAACAAGAUUUGAUAUGAAGAGCCGGAGGGGUUGAUGGCGAGUUAACUUGAGCUACUGGCUGGCUAUUUCACCACAUGUAUACGCACGGGACCACGGAUUGAAAUUCUUGCACUGGGACGCCUGUUACGCAUUUGCACCAUGAUUCGACUCGAUGCCACUCCUUUAGACGAAAGUUUGCCAGCGGGCGGAAGAGAAGCCAAGAGAAGACAGACAGCGGAGGAGGAGAAGGAAGAUGAGACCAGUUGAGCGGUUGAUAUAUGUCGGUGGACAGAGAUUCAAGAAAGAAAGAAGCGAGAAAGAAAGUAGGAAAGGAAAUGCUCGGCAUUCCACAUUUAUUUGUCGUCAAAAUUGGCGUCUUCUGGUCUGGCGUUUGGGGAAGAGCGGGAAAGAAAGCAAUGAUAUGUUUGGUCUUGACCGUUUGAACCAAGACGGAGAGCGAGUGCAUGAAGGUAUCAAUCAAUAGAGCAAAAAUGAUCUUUUCUUUUG